AUGGCACGACAACCGGCAGGUUCGGCGACUGAAGAGGGCGAAUACGAUUGUGCGGCGGUCCUUUUGGCUCGUGCGUGGAGAAUGUCGUCGGAUGGAGGUCGAGUUCUCGAGGCGGAGGAUAGGCGGCUUGACGCGAGCGUCGUUGGUGAAGGCAAUAUUCGAGAGGCAUACAGUCCCCGACUCCCCGACGCCAGUAACGAUUGUAUCAUCGAUGAAGGAAGUGCAAGGUUGGAGCAAUUUGCAAAAACAGUAGGAGAAGUUAUCUCUCUUCUAUCCUCAUUGCCGCCAUCUUCUCCGACGACAUCUGCCCUACCACCGCCAAUUUCUACUCUAACAUCACUGUCAUCCGUUCAUUCCAUCCUCCUUCAAGAAAGGCGAGAGAUCAGCCGACCUAGACCGCCUCAAAACCCUACGAAUCUCCCAAGCCAGAUCCUCCAUCUCCGACGUCGUCUCCCUCGCCGGCAAAGCCGAGGCCGCUGUCGAUCGGCUAUCGCGCUCGACCCAAAGAAAAACACACCAAAAUCCAAAAAGAAAAUGAUGCCUUAA